CCGGACUCCCCUCCCUCCCAUUCUUUUCCACCAUGACUCGAGCCUAUUUGAAACUAUGUCUGGCUAGUCAACCCAGACUUGUGCUUGACGCUUAGCUUUCGCCACAUCCCCGGAGCACUUGACCGGACAGGUGUGUCCCUUGCACGUCAUCAAACAGGUCAUUCGUGUCGCCGCAGCAUUCAAGUAUAGGACAGCUCGAUCGCGCAGAACGAGACUGAUUGCUUGCUUGUGCGCUCGAAGCAUCUGUUCCCCAACAGAGAUUCGCAAGAGAUCCCUUGCUUAGCCGCUAUGGCUACCGAGGCUACUCGCGAGGCCUUCGUGGAGCUCCAAGGGCGACUGCUGGAGACAGACGGCAAGCUGAAGCAGGUGGUGGGGCAAGAGCAGGCAUGCCAGGUGGACAUCUUCACGGCCAAGACGACGCUGGACGAGCUUCAAGAGCUGCCCGCAGAAACGAACGUUUAUCAAAGUAUCGGUGAGUUUGUUCUGCAGCCACUAGGCGAUGCCAAGGCAUGGGAAGAAGGGAAGAUCAAAGAAGCAGAAGCCACCAUCGCGUCGCUGCAGGGCUCGAAGAAGUAUCUGGAGAAGCAGAUGAGGGAGGUGCAGAGCAACUUCAAGGAGCUCAUGGAGCAGCUCCCGGCGUCCAUUCCUGGUAUCACACAAGCCAUCAAUGGUUCAGCCAGUAGUACCUAGUAAGGUACCGGUACAUAAUUCUUUCAGUCUGGAUAAACGAUAUAUUUUGUUCCUUGCCAUGUUCUGUAGUAGCUUGUUCAGCCGAAAAAGGCUAUAUACCGUCACA